UUUCACUCUCUCCGCCGACUUCCUAACGGUUCGCUGUCGCUCUCCGGCGGCGUUGAUCCUCCGUGCGCCGUCGAUACUCUCGAAGCUUCUCAGGUGCCGUGUUUUUGCACUUGGAACUCUCAUUUCCGGUUUAUACGGUUUUGUUUACCUCUCUUCAUUCGAAUCGUAAUAAGAAUCAGACGGAUGCUUUUUGGUUAUGCUUAUCCAGCGUAUGAGUGCUUCAAAACUGUGGAAAAGAAUAAGCCAGACAUUGAGCAACUUCGUUUUUGGUGCCAGUAUUGGAUUUUAGUUGCUGUUUUGACAGUGUGCGAGAGAAUUGGUGAUACGUUUGUUGCAUGGGUUCCAAUGUAUAGUGAAGCUAAAUUGGCAUUCUUUAUAUAUUUGUGGUACCCUAAAACAAUGGGAACAACAUAUGUCUACGAUUGUUUCUUUAAACCAUACAUGGCAAAGCAUGAGACGGAAAUCGAUCGUAACUUGUUGGAACUGAGGACAAGGGCUGGAGAUAUUGCAGUUGUGUAUUGGCAAAGAGCUGCAAGCUACGGUCAAACAAGAAUUUUUGAUAUUCUGCAAUAUGUUGCAGCACAAUCUACACCGCCAAGACCUCAACGUGCACAGCCCCAGCAACAAGGUGCUAGAGUUCGCCGACCCACUGCUACACCAAAUCGCAAACCGGGUGCUAAAACACAAACUCCGAGUGAAGAACCACCCUCUUCUUCUUCUUCUAGCACAUCCUCAAGUGAUCAUGAACUCGAGGAAGCACAGGAGUCGGGUCCUUCUCAAGUGCCUACAGUGGCUGCCCCUCUGGCAGGCUUGAAUGCACAGAAAACUCCUCUGGCAGGCUUGAAUGCACAGAAAACAACUUCAGUUCAACCCUCUGCUGAAGCCUCCAGCCAUUCAAAUUCAAAAGAAACUGAAGCAAUUCAGAUUGAAUCGGCAUCGCCUUCAGGAAAUGAAAAUGUAAAGACUCCCCCCGUGCAAGAGACAGUCAUGGAUGAAGUCAUUCGGGAUACAGGUGGCAGGUUGAGGAAAACCCGUUCUGCAGCAAAUCGUGAGUCUGCUUCCUCCCCAACUUAAUUUGCAAUAUGUGUAAGUAGUGGGACAAUAGGUGCACAAACAGAUUGGAUUGUUGAUGUUAUGUACAUUUGUCGUUUUCUAUUCUGUUAGUUGCUGUGUCCAUGAUUUUUUUAUUUUA